AUGGAAACUUUUAAUCAAUGUUCAUUAAUUCCCAGUAAGCAGCAUUAUUUCGCCGAUGGUCGAGAAGGGACGGUAUUAACCUCAAAGACCAUAUUCUUUAAAAAUAAUUGUGCUUGUAUGGGAGAAAAUCAUGAAUGCAACAGAUAUGGAAAGUCCCUCAAACACAUGUCAGCUCUAAGAACACAUAAUAGAAAACAUAUUACGGAGAAAACUUAUGAAUGUAAUAUAUAUGAAAAUUACUUCAGGAGCAAGAAAAUUCUUAGAAGACAUAACAAAAUUGACUCAGGUGAGAGACCUCAUAUAUGUAACAAAUGUGGAAAAUCAUUCAGGUUGAGGACAAUUUUAAAUGCAUAUAAUAGAAUUCAAACAGGUGGGAAACCAUAUGAAUGUGACCAAUGUGGGAAGUCCUUCACCUGGAAAACUCAACUCAGUAUUCAUCAGGUAACUCAUACAGGAGAUAAACCUUAUAAAUGUAACACAUGUGGAAAGUCUUUUACCCAGAAAUCAAGCGUUACUGUUCAUGAGAGAUCACAUACAGGAGACAAACCUUAUAAAUGUAACACAUGUGGAAAGUCUUUUGUAUCGAAAAGAAACCUUAUUGUUCAUGAGAGAACACAUACAGGAGAGAAACCUUAUAAAUGUAGGACAUGUGGAAAGACUUUUGCCCGUCAAUCAUGUGUUAGUGUUCAUGAGAGAACACAUACAGGAGUGAAACCUUACAAAUGUAACACAUGUGGAAGGUGUUUUUCCCGGAAGUCAUACCUAAGUGAUCAUGAGAAAACACAUACAGGAGAGAAACCUUAUAAAUGUAACACAUGUGGGAAGUCAUUUUCCCAGAAAUCACACCUAAGUCUUCAUGAGAGAACACAUACAGGAGAGAAACCUUAUAACUGUAACACAUGUGGAAAGUCUUUUACCCACAAAUCAUACCUAAGUCUUCAUGAGAGAACACAUACAGGAGAGAAACCUUAUAAAUGUAACACAUGUGGAAAGUCUUUUACCCAGAAAUCAAGCGUUACUGUUCAUGAGAGAUCACAUACAGGAGACAAACCUUAUAAAUGUAACACAUGUGGAAAGUCUUUUGUCUCGAAAAGAAACCUUAUUGUUCAUGAGAGAACACAUACAGGAGAGAAACCUUAUAAAUGUAGGACAUGUGGAAAGACUUUUGCCCGUCAAUCAUGUGUUAGUGUUCAUGAGAGAACACAUACAGGAGAGAAACCUUAUAAAUGUAACACAUGUGGAAGGUGUUUUUCCCGGAAGUCAUACCUAAGUGAUCAUGAGAAAACGCAUACAGGAUAG